AAUAUUGCGUAUAAUCUAUUGCAGUACUUUCCUAUCACUAACGUAUAAGGUCGGACUCGCAUACCAGCGACCCAACCACACGAUGAAUACCGCAGACCCACCCGCGACCCGCACCGUCCAGGCAAGAACUCCUGGGCCCGAGCGUACUGCCCUUGUUGCCUCGUGAAGCUAUGAUCCAUUCCAUUCCUUCCACAGCAGGAGCUCUAGAGUCCAGUCACAGCCUCUCCCAUCCCCCCGAGCACACAAUAUUGAAAUCUCUCUCUCUGUGCAAGCGAGGACUCAAGGUGAGCCAUGGCGGAGUUGCCGCUGGCGGCAGGGCUGCUGGACCUGCGACCCGGCAAGCUCUCACCGAAACCACCCCCGCCGCUCCCUCUGCCGCUCCCUGCGCGCCGCCGCACGCAUGCUACAGCCGCCACUGCGGCGGUCCCGUCCCCGCGCCACGCGGUUCCAGAACUCCACUCCACCACCGAGCUGGCGGAUGGUAGCAUCGUCUUCCGCUUCGCCCCACCAAAGCCCGACGUGCUGGAGCCGCAGGCGGAGCCGGCGAGCCGUGGUUUGGGAGCGGCCGCAGCGACCAGCCCCGACUCCACAGUCUCCCCUGCUUCGGGCGCUGUCACCGGCGGCGAGACGGAACCGGAGCCUGACUCUGAGCAGGGAGUCACCGGCGCAGGAUUGGGCGCCCUGGCAGUGGUCGAGCAGUCGCGCCCGAACGCCGCAGCGGUGGUUUCGCCCGCACCUCCCCCUCCUGACGCCGGUGCCGCCUCCGCCGCGGAUAAGGAGGAACCGGAACAGGCGGCGGGUUCCAAUUCCGGCGUUGAGGAGGCAAAGGCUAGGUCGGCCUCCGUCGAGGUGAUUGCAGCCGCCGAAUCUGGGUAUGAGCCGGAGGGCGACGGCGUCGCAGUUGGGGCAGGCGUGCUGACGAGUGGUGCUGCCGUGGAGACGACAUGGACGGGUUUGGAGCCGUGCGAGGGGAGCAAGGACGCCUCAGCCGCUGAUGCGAGUGGUGGCUGCGAGGAGGCGACAGGGACAGCCGGUUUAGAGGACUCUGAGGCCGCAUCAGAAGGCUCCACCGCUCGCGAUUUAGACACCGACGUUGAGACGGAAUCCAGCGGCUCCAGCGGCGACGAGCAGGGCGCCGAGUUCGGGGUCCCCCUACCAACAGUGGAACAAGUUAGCAAGGAGGUGGAUUGGAAAAAAGGCACUUCAGAAGUGAAGGAUUCUGUUAGGAUGGUUGAAAUAGCCCGAUCAACACUUGUGUUGUCGUCAGGUGCUGCAAUUCUGCCUCAUCCUUCUAAGGUAGCAACAGGCGGAGAAGAUGCGUAUUUUAUUGCAGGCAAUGGCUGGUUUGGUGUAGCAGAUGGAGUUGGCCAAUGGUCAUUUGAAGGAAUCAAUGCGGGGCUUUAUGCAAGAGAACUAAUGGAUGGUUGUAACAAAUUCGUUACUGAGAAUCAAGGGGCUUCAGAUCUUAGACCGGAGCAAAUCCUUUCUAAGGCAGCAGAUGAAGCAUGCUCUCCUGGUUCUUCCACUGUAUUAGUUGCUCACUUUGAUGGCCAGGUCCUUCAAGCAUCAAAUAUCGGAGACUCUGGGUUUUUGGUAAUAAGAAACGGAGAAGUGUAUGAGAAAUCAAAACCUAUGGUUUACGGUUUCAAUUUUCCACUACAAAUUGAGAAGGGAGAUGACCCCUUUAAACUUGUACAGAAUUAUGCUAUUGAUCUAGAGGAAGGCGAUGUAAUUGUGAUGGCAACGGAUGGCCUUUUCGAUAAUGUCUAUGAGCAUGAAGUAGCUGCAAUUAUCUCCAAAUCAUUGCAGGCAGAUCUAAAACCAACGGAGAUCGCGGAGCACUUGGCUGCGAAGGCCCAGGAAGUGGGUAGGUCUGGAGCUGGGAGAAGCCCAUUUUCAGAUGCUGCUCUCUCAGUUGGGUACCUUGGUUUCAGUGGGGGCAAACUGGAUGAUAUAACCGUUGUUGUAUCAAUUAUCCGGACUUCAGAAAUUUAAGUUAUACAAGACUGACUGAUGCAGAGAAAAGAAACUCUCAAGUAAUGUUGAAGCUACACUCCAAGCGAGCCGCCCCAUCAGCAAUCUAGAAGUUAAGCUAUGCAUGGUGGUUCCCAAGAUUUCAACAAGAUGUAAACAUGAGCAUCAUACAGCAUGUUUGAUCAGCAAACAGCCAACGGCCAACAGCGCUGCGAGCAAAGCUCAAGCUCCUCCCUGUUGUCCUUCCAUGCGUUCAGACAGUAUUGGUUUUUUCUUUUGCUUCCGGAAUAUAACACCAUUUAGACCGAUGUCCUCGUUGAGCUGCUGUAAACCGAUGUCCUGUAUGCAAGAAGACAUCUGUGGAGAGGAACUGAACCUUAAUGAAUACUGGCUCAAAUGUGUGAAGUCAAGUAAAAACUAUAUAUAGUGCAAUCAUAUAGAUUUUUACCGAUU